GGGAGAGUCGGCCCGGGGAAGGGGCGCCGUCGCCGCCAUGUCCCACCUCCCCAUGAAACUGCUGCGCAGGAAGAUCGAGAAGCGGAACCUGAAGCUGCGGCAGCGGAACCUGAAGCUGCGGGCAAAGGCCUUGGAUGAAAGCCUCUCGGAGUCUCAGAAUGGAGAUGUGUCCGCAGAAACAGCGGAGAUUGGAAAAGUUAAAGCAUCUCUAAAACUGUCUGUGAGUGGGGGCUUGUCAGAGGUACAAAAUGGACAUGCAUCUAGAGAAAAGGUGAAAAAUCUAAAAGCAAAAAAAUUACCGAAGCCAUCCAAGAACGUGGAUUUGUCUGAAGCCCAAGAUGGAGGUCCUUCUAAAACAGUGGGGAAAGUAAAGGCUAAAAGAUCCCAGCAGCAGUCUGUGGAUGUGGGCUUGUCAGAAGCCCAAAAUGUUGGGUCUGCAGCAGUGGGAAACGUAAAAGCUAAAAAAGCCCCAAAGCAGACUCUCAAGGAGAGCUUGUCGGAGGCCCAGAGUGGAGGUACGCCUAAAGGAACGGCAGAAAAGGUGAAAAUUGAAAGUUCCCCCAAGAAAUCUACUGUGCUAACCAAUGGGGAAGCAGCAAUACAGUCUCCUAGCUUAGAAUCGAAGAAGAAGAAGAAAAAGAAGAAGAAGAAGAGAAAACUGGGGGAUGAAGCUGCUGCUGGUCCUGAUACCAAAAAAGCAAAAAUUGAAGAGAAAGGGGAAUCAGAAGAAGAUGGAACUCGGCCUCCUGAAGAAGCAGAGGAUGUGGAGAAGCCAGACAAUGAGGAAGAUGACAGUGAGGUGCCCAGCCUGCCUCUCGGACUGACAGGAGCUUUUGAGGAUACUUCAUUUGCUUCUCUGAGUAAUCUUGUCAAUGAGAAUACUCUGAAAGCUAUCAAAGAAAUGGGCUUUACAAACAUGACUGAAAUUCAACAUAAAAGUAUCAGACCACUUCUGGAAGGCAGGGAUCUUCUCGCAGCUGCAAAAACAGGCAGUGGCAAAACUUUGGCGUUUCUCAUCCCCGCAGUUGAGCUCAUUGUUAAGUUGAAAUUCAUGCCCAGGAACGGAACAGGAGUCCUUAUUCUCUCACCUACAAGGGAACUGGCCAUGCAGACCUUCGGUGUUCUUAAGGAACUAAUGACUUACCACGUUCACACUUACGGGUUAAUAAUGGGUGGCAGUAACAGGUCUGCUGAAGCACAGAAACUUGGUAAUGGGAUCAACAUCAUUGUGGCUACACCAGGUCGUCUCCUGGACCAUAUGCAGAAUACCCCUGGAUUUAUGUAUAAAAACCUACAGUGCCUGGUUAUUGAUGAGGCCGAUCGUAUCUUAGAUGUUGGGUUUGAAGAGGAAUUAAAGCAAAUAAUUAAACUACUACCAACACGCAGACAGACCAUGCUUUUCUCCGCCACACAAACGCGAAAGGUUGAAGACCUGGCAAGGAUUUCUCUGAAAAAGGAGCCGCUAUACGUUGGGGUUGAUGACGACAAGACAAAUGCAACCGUCGAUGGCCUUGAGCAGGGGUAUGUCGUUUGUCCCUCCGAAAAGAGAUUCCUUCUGCUCUUCACUUUCCUUAAGAAGAACCGAAAGAAGAAACUCAUGGUUUUCUUUUCAUCUUGUAUGUCUGUGAAAUACCACUACGAGUUGCUGAACUACAUUGAUUUGCCUGUCUUAGCCAUUCAUGGAAAGCAAAAGCAGAACAAGCGAACAACCACCUUCUUCCAGUUCUGCAAUGCGGAUUCAGGGAUACUGUUGUGUACAGACGUGGCAGCCAGAGGGCUGGAUAUUCCUGAAGUUGACUGGAUUGUGCAGUAUGACCCUCCAGAUGACCCCAAGGAAUACAUUCAUCGUGUGGGUAGAACAGCCAGAGGCCUAAACGGAAGAGGGCAUGCCUUGCUCAUUCUGCGUCCUGAAGAACUGGGUUUCCUUCGUUACUUGAAGCAGUCCAAGGUUCCAUUAAGUGAGUUUGAGUUUUCCUGGUCCAAAAUUUCUGAUAUUCAAUCUCAGCUUGAAAAGUUGAUUGAAAAGAACUACUUCCUUCAUAAGUCGGCCCAGGAAGCAUAUAAGUCCUACAUCCGUGCCUAUGAUUCCCAUUCUCUGAAGCAGAUCUUCAAUGUCAAUAGCUUAAAUCUGCCUCAGGUGGCUCUGUCAUUUGGUUUCAAGGUGCCUCCUUUUGUUGAUCUGAAUGUGAACACCAAUGACAGCAAGCAAAGAAAGAGGGGAGGCGGUGGUGGAUUUGGCUACCAGAAAGCCAAGAAAGUGGAGAAGUCCAAGAUCUUCAAACAUAUUAGCAAGAAAGCAUCCAGCAGCCGGCAGUUUUCCCACUGAGGACACUCCUUCCUAUUCUCUGAAAUAAGUGACCUGAAAUGAAUUCUUCUUUGUUGAUUUAACAAAGGAAUUAUUGUAGCUUUAGAAUUUGAGCUGAUGUGGUAGUUGUAUAAAGUGACUUCAUUCGCAAGCAUUGAGCACUGUUAUUUUCUAGCAGAUAUUUAUUUGGGAAUACAAGGAAGUUCCAUUUUUCUUGGUUGUACAAGGGUAAAGCACAGUGUCUCUUUCAUCUUUGUGGUGUUGGUAAAAUACUGUCUUUUUCUUUAAAGAACAAAAGAGUGGGGGGCCUGAGUGAUACUACAGUGGGGAGUGCACUUUCCUUUUCUGUGGCCAACUCAAGUUCAAACCCUGGCAUCCCCUAUGGUCCCCCAGAGUCAUCGUAUUUUGUACCCAGGAGUAAUUCCUAAGUACAAAGCCAGGAGUAACUCGAGCAUCACCAGGUGUGUCCCAAAAACCAAAAAAGGUGGUACAGCGAGUGGGGCGCUUGCCCUGCACCCAGCCAACCUUGGUUUCUUCCCGGGCACCCUGUGUGGUCUCCCGAAGACUGCAAGUAGUAACCCCGGAGUGCAGAGCCAGGAGAAAGUUCCGAGCACACCCGGUGUGGCCCAAAACACAAAAGUGCCAUUUUAAUAUUCUUUUUUUUUUUUUUUGUACCGUUUUUCUUUUCCUGGUAUCUGAAGUCUCGUGCAGUUUGGAUUACUGUGCUAAGCUGCAGUGGUGGACAGAUGACCUAGCACACCGGACUGGCGGUGGUGGUCAGUUGCCUUCGUAUAUUUGUUGGUUUGCUGUUUCCUGGGCCUUAGAGUAGUUUUUACUCUCUCCUAAAAAAAAAAUGCUGCUGUGAACAGGGGUGAGAGCCGGAGGAUGUUCAUAAAGACCACUGUAUGUGUCAAAGGUGGAGAUUUUUUUAUUUUAAUAUAUAACACAUUUGUAAACAAUGAGCCUGUUUUCAAUGUUUCCCCCCAAUUGCUAAGAAAUGUGGGCUGUUUCUAAUUAAGCACCUUUUAAUGGGGGGGGGUGGGGACGUCCAAGGAUCUGAGGAUUUUGAACUUCAUUUACACCCAUAUAGGUUCUCCAACUGAUGGCUUAGCAGAGAUCUUUUUAGGAAAAAAACAGAAACAAAGAAUGGAGGCGCCAAUUCAACCAGCUUAUCAAUGGCUGAAUAAAUAGCAGUACCCCUACGUUUAAAAAAAAAAAAGAGUGGAGGCGCUCAUUCAGCAGCGUUCAUUUCCCGUGUUUUAGUUAAUACCAUCUGAUCCUUCUAAGUACUUAGAAGGAAAAGUAGAUGAUUGGUAAAUUUAAGCCAGGCCCUCGGACAAUGCACAUUGAUAUUCGUGGGUCUUUUGAGAAAAAAAGGCAUCUUCUAGAUCCUUGAAUCAUAACUAGAUGCACAGUGAAAACUGGAAAUAGAGAAAAAUAAUUAAAAUCUGCUUUCUGUGAAUGGGCUUUUUUGUAGUAGUACACUAUAGUACUUAACUCCUAAUGUGUGUUAUGUCUCAUUUCUAGGGUGUUUUUAUACCUACCCAGUGGUCGUUGUAUUUUGUAGCAAUUCACAACCAAAGUGGCUAGCAUCAUUGCUUUUAUGCCAGUUAGCAUUCAUAGAUACGUAUGUAAAUAAGGACAUUGAGGAUAUGAAAUGGGAACAUUCCAGUCGGAAGGAAAAGAGCAGUGUUUCGCAUCAGCCAGCAGACCUAAGCUGCAUUUCAGUCUUGGACCACUGAAUUCCUGGCAUUCAUUAACCACAGUGACUUGUCUUUUGUUGGGGAAAUAAUCAUGUUUCAGAAAAUAUAUAAAAGCAAAGGGCAGAAUAGUCACUGAAUAAAACUCAGUGUUUGUUGAUAUUUUGGAAUAUAACAGAGUUUUGAUAUACUUGUUAAUUUUUUAUCAGCAGUGAGAUCAUCUUCUACCCACUAUUUGUAACCACUGUUUUGUAAUGUAUGCUUUGUGUCAUUAAAUAAGUGCAGGAA